GACUGGAAAUGGCAGACCAUAUGAUGGCCAUGAACCACGGGCGCUUCCCCGACGGCACCAACGGGCUGCACCACCACCCUGCCCACCGCAUGGGCAUGGGGCAGUUCCCGAGCCCGCAUCACCACCAGCAGCAGCAGCCUCAGCACGCCUUCAACGCCCUCAUGGGCGAGCACAUACACUACGGCGCGGGCAACAUGAAUGCCACGAGCGGCGCCCAAUGUCAUAGACACUGAUUUCAUCGAUGAGGAAGUGCUUAUGUCCUUAGUGAUAGAAAUGGGUUUGGACCGCAUCAAGGAGCUGCCCGAACUCUGGCUGGGCCAAAACGAGUUUGAUUUUAUGACGGACUUCGUGUGCAAACAGCAGCCCAGCAGAGUCAGCUGUUGACUCGGUUAACCUCGGCGGGCGGGCGAAAGAAAUCACCCUCCCCACCCCCACCCCAACUUCUUCGGUGUGAAUUAAAAAAACAAAAACAAAACAAAAAAAAAAAAACAUUCCCUUAGACGCAGUAUCUCACUUUUCAGAUCCUGAAAGGUUUGAGAACCUGGAAACAAAGUAAACUAUAAACUUGUACAAAUUGGUUUAAAAAAAAAAAAAGAUUGCUGCCACUUUUUUCCUGUUCUUGUUUUUGUAGCCUUGACAUUCACCUCCCUUAUGUAGUUAAAAUAUCUAGCUAACUUGGUCUUUUUUUGUUGUUUUUACUCCUAAUUUCCUCACUUUCUCCAGUGCUCAACUGUUAGAUAUUAAUCUUGGCAAACUGCUUAAUCUUGUGGAUUUUGUAGAUGGUUUCAAAUGACUGCGCUGCAUUCAGAUUUAUGAUUGAAAGGAAAAAUUGCAUUUGUUGGCUGCAUGAACUCUGAAGGGCAGAUAUUACUGCACAAACUGCCAUCUCGCUUCAUUUUUUUUAACUAUGCAUUUGAGUACAGACUAAGUUUUCAAAUAUGCUAAACUGGAAGAUUAAACAGAUGAGGGCCAAACCGUUCUGGAUCAGGAAGUCAUACUGUUCACUUUAAAGUUGGCUGUCUCCCCUCCCCCAUAUGUACAGACAAUAAUAGGGUGUGGAAUGUCGUCAGUGGCAAACAUUUCACAGAUUUUUAUUUUGUUUCUGUCUUCAACAUUUUUGACACUGUGCUAAUAGUUAUAUUCAGUACAUGAAAAGAUACUACUGUGUUGAAAGCUUUUUAGGAAAUUUUGACAGUAUUUUUGUACAAAACAUUUUUUUGAAAAAAUACUUGUUAAUUUAUUCUAUUUUAAUUUGCCAAUGUCAAUAAAAAGUUAAGAAAUAA